GGCACGGCUCGGCAUCGCACGACCCGGCACUGCUCGGCAUCGCACAAAGCGGCGAGGCACGGCUCGAUUCGGCACGACGCGGCUCGGUUCGGCUCGGCUUGGCACGGGUCGGCACGGCACGGCUCCAGCAGCUCCCGAGCCAUUCAAACAAGUGGCUCCGGCAGCACUUCAUAGCUGGGGCUGGGGAGAGAGGGUGCAGCGCGGCUCCCUGCCCCGGAGGCGCCGGGCCCCUCACACUGCCUCUUUUCUCUGCUGCUCGCUCUUUAUUUGACGAUGAAAUAAUGUUGACAUGUCUUGAAUUAUUAAGUAUUCCCUGGAUUUUAUUAGCACAUGAUGCCUAAAUGCUGCCUGUAUCUGCUGGGGUCUUAACCAGAAAGGAGCGAAGGAGAGAGGCAGAGAGACAGAGCAAGGGAGAGGAGAGAGAGGGGUUUUUGACAGCUGUAUUUGUGCUGAUAAGCGAAGGCACAAGGAGACGAUCGACUAGUGAGACAAGAGGGAAGCGGCGGCUCAGAGCUGCUGAGAGGGGCUGCGCUUCCCUCCCGAGACGGCUCGGCCCUCCCGGCGCCGUGCCGGGGCUUGGGGGGGACCCGAGCCCCCUCCCAGCGCCUGGCAGGGCUCUCGGACAGUGCCCGUGCCGGGGGGCAGCUCGCUGGCUGGGCACGCCGGCGGCGAGGGGCAGAUGCCGAUUGAGAUCGUGUGUAAAAUCAAAUUUGCCGAGGAGGAUGAGAAGCAGAAGGAGAAAGAAGAAGGGGAUAAGGAGAGCCUGAUCGAGGAGCCUGCCCGGCCCCGCUCUCGGGACCUGGCCGCCUUCGCCAGCACCAGCACACUGCACGGCCUGGGACACAUCUGCCGGUCAGGAGGGCUGGGUGUGCGCCAGACCCUCUGGGCGCUCGCUUUCCUCGCCUCGCUCGCCUUCUUCCUCUACCAGGCCACUAAGUCAGCGCUGCUCUACCUGGAGCACCCCCACGUCAUGGCCCUGGAUGAGGAGGCCACGCGUGAGAUGGUCUUCCCCGCCAUCACCAUCUGCAACAUCAAUCGCUACCGGCACUCAGCGCUCACCGAUGCUGACAUCUUCCACUUGGCCAACAUGACCGGGCUGCCCCCCAAGGACCGGGAUGGCCACAAGGCCACGGACCUGCUCUACCCUGACCCCGACAUGGCUGACAUUGUCAACCGCACCGGCCACCAGCUCGAUGAUAUGCUCAAGAGCUGCAACUUCAGCGGCGAGAACUGCUCAUCGCAUGAUUUCACUGUGGUCUACACACGGUAUGGUAAAUGCUACACAUUCAACGGGGACCGGAGGAACCCACGGGUGACCCGCCAAGGUGGCAUGGGCAACGGGCUGGAGAUCAUGCUGGACAUCCAGCAGGAAGAGUACCUGCCCAUCUGGAGAGAGACGAAUGAGACGUCAUUUGAAGCUGGCAUCCGGGUCCAGAUUCACAGCCAGGAUGAGCCACCCUACAUCCAUCAACUGGGCUUUGGUGUCUCGCCCGGCUUCCAGACCUUUGUGUCCUGCCAGGAGCAGCGGCUCACCUACCUGCCGCAGCCAUGGGGGAACUGCCGGGCCAGUGUGCAGGGGGAGCAGACGCUGCCUGGCUACGACACAUACAGCAUUGCUGCCUGCCGCCUGCAGUGUGAGAAGGAGGCCGUCGUGCGGAGCUGCCACUGCCGCAUGGUCCACAUGCCAGGCAAUGAGUCCAUAUGCUCCCCCAACGUGUACAUCGAGUGUGCUGACCACACGCUGGAUGCGGCGGUGGAGGACAGCCAGGAGCGCUGCAGCUGCCCCACGCCAUGCAACCUGACCCGCUAUGGCAAGGAGAUCUCCAUGGUGCGCAUCCCCAACAAGGGCUCAGCGCGCUACCUCGCCCGCAAGUACAACAAGAAUGAGACCUACAUCCGGGAGAACUUUCUGGUGCUGGACAUCUUCUUUGAGGCACUCAACUAUGAGGCCAUUGAGCAGAAGAAAGCCUACGACCUUGCUGGGCUUCUCGGGGACAUCGGGGGACAGAUGGGCCUGUUCAUUGGUGCCAGCAUCCUCACCAUCCUGGAGAUCCUGGACUAUGUCUAUGAGGUGAUCCGGGACAGGGUGAGCCGAGUCCUGCGACGCUCCAAGCCACCCCUGAAGAAGCCCUCAGGCAGCAUUGCCACACUGGGACUGGAGGAGCUCAAGGACCAGAGCCCCUGUGAGACGCUGGGCCGACACGUGGAGGGUGCCUACAACACGGGCAUCCUGCCCAACCACCACCACCGCCACCACUACCCUCACCAGGGCAUCUUCGAGGACUUCGCCUGCUAGGCCAGCUCGGGACGGGGGGGGCAGACCCCUGGACCCUCCUCCCCACCUCCUGCAUGGAGAGGGACUGCAGCAGCGGGUGCAGCAAGUGCAGGCCCCUGCCUCCCCCACCCCACUGCCAGGACUGGCCCUUGCUGUUCACCCCCGGCGAUGCUGCCAGAGCUGCUGAGGCACUGGCACUGGAGUGAACCCCCCCAGCCCUUUUGCCUGUCCCCUCCACUUGCCCCCAGCACACAGGUCCAGCCCCGCCUCAAGCACAUGGCAUGGAGGGGAAUGGGCACACUGGGACAGAUUGGGAGAGCAGUGGGGUGUAGGGCAGAGGCAGUGCAGAGCAUUCUGGGGUAAGCUGUGGUUCCUGCAGGACCCUCCAAGCCCUUCCCAUCUGGCCCCUCCGGGGUGGGAGUCUCUGCCCUGCGUGGUCUACCCCAGGAGAGAGACGUACCUGAAGCAGCUUUCCCCCUGCCCAGGGACCACACAAUUCCCCCCUCUCUUCCUGCAUCAGGGCAGAGCGGCAUUGCAGGGCAUGUCUCUGAGCAGCACAGUCCCCCCCGGCCAGCCCAGGGACACCCCACCUGCAGCCACACCUGCACGGCACCACCACUGUGACACCCUCAAACACCUGCCCGCCCUCCCCAACUUCCUGCAGCCUGCCACAGCUGCAGCCCUCGUUGCAGUUCCCAUCCAGACCCCUGCACUGUGACUGCCACCUCCCCACCCCACCCCCCAGUGUUGGCCCCUGGUAACCUCCAGUCAUUGCAGCACUGCAAACCUACUGCCCACCCCUCUCCUGCCCCAGCCCACUGUACCCCCAGCCCACCCGUCCUCUCCUCACCCAGGUAUUGGCCAAAGCGGCUCAUCCCUUGAUGCAGCCACCAGGCCCACCCAGGUGAUGGGGGGGGGGGGGGUCCUGCCCUUGCUCCCCUGCCUGUCGCUCCUCUCUUGCACUGUGCACGUACCCCCUGCCACUUUCCCACCCCCAGGUGCUGAGCACCCGCUGUGCCUCCCCAAGACUGUACACGGUUAGGAGGGUGCCCCGUGCCCAGCACUGCCCAGACAGCCCCAGCCCAACCCACUGGCCAGAGCCUUGGCCAGGACCAGCACCUGCAGCUCCUGCCUGCCCAGAAAUGGCAGGACCCAUGGCAGGACCCACAACGCUCCCUCUGUCCUGUUGGACAUUGCCUCUUCCCCCUCCACUGUAGCAGACACCAGCGCAGGACAAACUGCCCCAAAAUAUCUCAGGAGGGGGGGCAGGCUGGCAAAGCCCCCCUCAAUACACAUACACAGCAUAGAGGGGGACCCCAGGGCAGGAAUUUGGGACCUCUGGGGGAAGCUGGGUUUGAGCCAGGCUUCCCCCGGCCCUGCCAGUUUGGUAGCCAUCCCCAGUGCCCGCAGAUGGAACACGGCCAUGCCAUGCUGUGGCCAAAGCCAUACACGCAGAAGCUGUUGUCCUUGCAUCCUCUAAUGCCCCACAUGUGGAAGAUGCAGGACAAGGACCUGGUGAUGUGCCUAGCAGCUCUGGUUCUGGGUACGCACAGCCCAACAUUCCCCCCCAGAUAUGAAUCCAUUUGGAAACAUGUUCCCCAUCAGUGCAAACAGCUGGUUGUGUUGUGUCCCAUGUCCCCCUGCAUGGGGAGAAAAACAGCAAGCCUUCUGACAAGGCAGGCACAGUGGUGCUCUCUGGAAACCCUCUCCAGAGCACCCUGUGUCAGCUCCCCACAAGGUGCUCCCACAUCUGCACAUAGGAGUGUCCCAAGAGGGGUACCAUGCAUUAACCCACGGAUGUGCCACGACCAUGCCAGGCAGCCCUACACCAAGGUGUCUUGCAGAGGGCAGGGGGGUGCAGGAUGUGGCUGCCUUCCUGUCAGCGGGAGCAGUAAGCCCUGAGCGGGAAGCACGGGCACGGGCACCACAGCAGGAGGGCCGACGCGAAUGUCCUCGUGCUGGUGAAUGUGAGAGAUGUGCACCACUGUUUUGUACAUGUACAAAUGCUCCCUAAUAAAGAGGCACAAGUAGAUCUGGA